ACCAUAUCAUAUCUGAGAUCCAGUUCACCGAUUACAAUAUCGGCUGCAGUUAUUAUCAUGGCCGUGGCAACAAACACACAUGUCCUGAUCGUCGCCUUCGUUAUGAUGUAUGUAGCAUCAGCGAAUACGUUGACGAUGUCGGACGAUACCGUCGUCAACGUCACCUUCGGCGACUUCCCGUCGCUGUACGCAUUCGAGAACGCAGACAACACGGUCAACGUUACAGUCAUUGCGUACAAAGGGGACAGCAUGGCGACUUUGCAGUUUGAUUCGACGAAUCCGAGGAUAUUUCAAAUCGUCAACCAGAGUUCGACCUACAUCGAGUUAUCCCCCAGCGCAUAUUACCCGCAGAGCUUUUCGUUUGAUGUUCGAGGAAUCGCGUUGGGAAUUGAAGACCUCUUGGUCGUGAUGACUAAGGAUGGGGCGAGUGCGGUCGUGCAUUCGGUGACGAUGAAGGUAAACUUGCAACCGAAAGCGAUCAUGGUCGUGGUUAAGUACGUGAUGUUAUUCUGUGUCGUCGUCGGUUUCGUCAACAUGGGAGGGACAAUCGACCUGAAGUUAAUCUGGCAAAAGUUGCGUCGGCCCUGGGGCGUCCUCAUUGGUAUUUUGUGUCAGUUCAUGAUCAUGCCGGCGCUCGCCUUCGGGCUCGCGAAGCUCCUGAAGCUCGACGCGCCCUCUGCGAUCGGCCUCGUCCUCGACGGAUCUUGCCCCGGUGGUCACCUUAGCAACCUACUCAGCGUCAUGCUCGACGUCGAUUACGUGUUAAGCCUGACGAUGACUUCGUGUUCGAACAUCCUAGCGAUGGGGAUGAUGCCGCUUAACCUCUUCAUCUACACGCCGCCGUUCACAGAAGGCAACGCGCAGUUGGAAACGCCUUUCAUAGAGAUCGGCAUCCAGCUUGUUCUACUCUUCAUCCCACUUUCAAUCGGUAUGUUCUUCAAAUACAAAUCACCUCGGAUAAACCGCAUCUGCGAGAAGCUUCUCAAACCCCUCUCGGGCGUUCUUCUCGUCCUUUUACUCGCCACAAGUCUGCCGUUCCAGCUCUUCAUCUUCGCUGCUCCACGUGAGACCUACAUUGCUGCUUUCCUCCUCCCACUAUGCGGCGGAUUAUUGGGCUUGUCAAUCGCCAAGAUGGCUUGUCUCCCUAUGAGAUCAAUGGCCACGAUCGCCUUGGAAACCGGCGUACAGAACGCAGUUCUCGCCACCACCAUUAUCACCUUCUUCUACCCACAUCCUGAAUCCGAGAUCGCAUCUCGCGCUCCGUACCUCAUCCUCCUCAUGACCAUCUUCGAAGGCAUUCUGCUCGUGGUCGUCUACACAUUUGUCAAGACAUUCAUCUGGAAACCUCGCGAAGAUGAGGAAGCAUUCGUCGACGACAAAGGAGACGAUCCCGAUGUCGAAGUGAAGAAGAAUGGAACAACGGUGACGGCCAUGGUUAAUAAUGGUUACCUUAAGGAGGUCAAUGAAAAUGACGUUGAUGGCGAUGUGAAGAAAUCGGAAAUUCAGGGUCAGGGAUGUCAGACUGACUUUGAUGAAAUGUGCUUUACAAAUCUCGAUUUUAUAAAUAUAUAGAUUACACGAGGAAAGAUGAUUCAAGAGAGGAAAUAUGCAAAUCAUCUUGAAUUUAAACUUUAAGUGCGUGGCCACAGAAUAUUAUGCAUUUCCUAUACAUAAUAUCAAAGUGAUACAUGUAUAAAAUCAUUUAGUGAUUGUAUAUGACGGAUAAUUGAUGGAAUAGGCCUAUUGUAUAUACUACGUGUGUACUAUGUUAUGAUAAUGCCAUUACUAAUCUGAGUCUGUAUACCAGACGAAAAUUACAUCAUUAAAAUUUUAAUUUUCGAUUGUGACGUUUUGAAUCGAAGGAGGUAAAAUGUCCUUCAAAUAUGCGUCUGCUGAGAACAUUAGCACGAUAAUGGCAUUAACAUUGUAUCAAAAUGAUAUAAGUUAAUGCCAUUCAGGGUCUCAGCAACGUUUUUUCUCUCAACGUCACAAAUAAGAUACUUUUAUUGAAGACAUUCCACAGGUUUCAAAGACAAAAAUUUGAAAAUUGUGUUAAGAGUAUCGAGGAAGUAAAGAGAAUAUAAACAAUUUCAGUUCAAACAUGUAUCCUUUUUUUAAUUUAUUUUUAUUGUAUCAAACUUGCAGUGGUUCUUGCUUUAUAAGUGCUAUUAUUGUUUUCAUGAUUCUAUAUUGUGUGUAGGUAAAGUUUUCAGGAUUACAUCAACUAAUUCCUAAAGAGGAAUCAGAGACCUGAAAAGGGCCGGUGAGCUCCGCUACUAAAGAGCACUUUGUUCUCGACGUUUCGAGCAAUCAUGUCUCUGACCGUCUUUUGUUUCUCUUUUAACUGUUGUACGUCUUAGGUUGAAUGACUGAUUCUGAGAUAAACAUACCACACACGUAACAAUACAAAAUCAAAUCGGAAAUCUCAUCGCAGUAAAAGUUCCUUGACAGACAUGUUGAAGUUAACCGAUAAGGGAGAAUAAAAUAUUUGGAUUUUUCUAGUCGAAUCUAAGAUUAUGUUAUCUUACAGACAGUAACCUGUUCAAAAUGAUCAAUAAUUGUUCAUGAGCUAGGAC